AGCCAAAUCAAAGGCUGAAGACAUCGGGAACCAUGUCUUUGGGACUCGUGUUGCGGACCAAACGUCUGGUGACCGCCGAACGGAUCAAAUGGGUUCAGCUGUUGGUCACAUCCGACCGAUUCUUGUGCCGUAAAUACUGUUUAGCGAUCAACGGAAGGGACGGAACCGCUGGUGGCGGACACCGGCGAUGGCUGUCUUCCGCGUCAACACCGGCUGAGCCGAAGACAAUUGGCCAACAGAUCGCACAAAGCGGUGACCAAGUGUUUGAAGAGAGGAGUUAUUCGGGCGAAACCAAGUUCUCGAUGCCGAAGCCGUUGGCCAUCAAACCCAUCGAAUCGGUGGUACCGAAGAGUCGGGUCGAGAAGAUAAUCAAAUACGAGUCGUUCAUUGAGCGCACGUUUUUGGGCGAAUUCGACAAAGACUUCCUCACGUAUCCAAUUCUGCUGAAGAACCGCAAAGAGUACAUCCAAAUGGCCGAUCAGUACCGUAUGGUUCGCCAGAUGUUCGCCAAAAUCAAUAAAGACGACCAAACGCUGGACGAGUUGUCGUUCCGGUCUCUCCACGAGUUGACCGUUUCGGAGAUGGCGUACGUCUUCGAGGCGAUGGGAGCCUCACAACAGAAUCGGCUCUCGUUUGGCACCACGAGUGCCGACGACCGGCGCCUAUUGAACCCCACCAAUGAUCAGCGGUUUGUAUCCCUUCCCGCCAACCAGUUGUCUACCGAAACAAUGGGCGCCAAUAAAUCAAUUGUUGAGCAACUGAUUCCACUCAUUCUUCAUAACGCUUUGUCGUAUAACGCGAUCACAAACUCGUCAAACGUGUCGCUCAGGGAUGAGAUACUGGAGAAGAGGCCGAAGAUUGGGUUUGCGUACUGCGAGCCGACCGACAAUUUGGGUUCACUUCCGUACGUUCAUUGGGAAAGUCAGGCCCGACUCAACCACGAGUGCGACCAUUGGCUGCUGACGGGCACCAAAUCGCGUAUAUAUCACGACAAUUACGACUAUUAUCUGGUGUUUUGCCGGUCGGAAGAGUUCCCGGACGAGCCGAUACUCGACCGGCGCGAUCAGUACGGAAUCGUUACACUACUUGUGCCCAAAGAACAGGUGAUAGUGGAAGCGGACGGCACAGACAACUACGGCAUUGAGUACCAGAGGAUUCGUUUCAACGACUUACUGUUGUCUCGCGAUCGACACGAAGUGAUCAAAUCGGAGACGAGAGCUAUACUCGCGCAGAACGUGAAGGCUUGCGGUCAAGUAGUGUCCGGAGCCGUAGUGUUGGGUCUAUUGAAACAGUUGUUGCGAAAUACGUACGACUUUCUGAUCAACGAACGGAUCGGUCUCACAGAGUGUGAGUUGACGCAGAAAAUACUGGCCGAAUGUACGCGAAAGAUAUACGCCAUCGAAUCCAUGGUAUACCUGACGGCAGCCAUGUUUGACUCGUUUCAAACGGGCGCCGACUUUUCGCUCGAGUCCAACGCCGUCAAGACUAUGGCCACCGAAUACGCCUACGAUGUGAUCAAAAAUUUGAGGGCCAUUUACGGGUCUCGCUAUCCGGUCUCGUCCACAGCUCUCGAUCUGAUCAACGUUUUUGACUCAUUCCUCGACUGUUCGAUCAAUAAUCGCAUUUAUCUAUCGCUGAGAGGAGUCCGCACUCAAGGCAAGUGGCGUCACGACCACAUCCGGCGUAUGAGACUCGCGCCUCUGUAUCCCAUAUACGCUAUGAAGUACUUUAUCGGCGCCGUUAAGACUCGUCGCGAUCAGAUUGACCUCGACUUGGAUUUGUGCGGUUAUGUUCACCCGAAUCUCAAGCCGGCGGCCGAAUGGCUCGAGUAUUGUGUCAAAAAACUCGAUUACGCUUCCAAUGCGCUGCUUAUGAAAUAUGGAAAGCAGAAGUUGAGACAAGAGAUUGAGUCCCAAAUCGGAGACCGAAUGCCAACACAUGAGGACAGGAAUCGAUGCCAUUAUGUCAUGGCUUUCAUUGCUGAGACACUGCGGGCCAGAAAUGUUGUGCCCUCUGGACUCCCACAUAAAGCUAUUGUCAAUACAAAACUUGAUAAAUAUACAAUACCUGAAAAUAUGGGAGUUUGGGUAUAUCAGGGAAUUGUUUGCUCUAAUCAUAAAGACUGGCAAAAUGAACGUGAAUUCAAACCCGAGAGGUUUAUUGAUAGUGAGGGACAUUUCAUGACAACCCGUCCCAAAGCCUACAUACCCUUCGGUGUGGGCCGUCGUGUCUGUCCGGGCGAAAGGCUGGCCAUCGCUGACCUGUUCCUGGUUUUGGUCCGAUUUCUUCAAUUAACACAAGACUAUGAGAUAAUCCUCGAUAGUAACGGCGGUAUAGAUCCUAACCCUGAUAUCACCGAUCAAUUAGCGCCCUGUGCUUAUAAAAUUAAAUUACAUAAACGU